AUGAGAGCGCGCACUAAAAUUUCAACGUCGUCGGCGUCCUCGCGGUCCUCUCGCCAGAAGCGGUUUAUCCACUUCCCGUACGGCAGCACCCUCCGGGUCGGCCUCUCCUCCAAGUGGUCGACGCUGUUCGACUGGUCGGGGCCCGGCGCCUUCUGGACGCAGGGCUUCAACUGGGGCAUCACCUUCGACCUGCCCAACGGCACGCAGCUGCUCGCCCCCGCCGGGAUCGCCGGCCGACGCAGGGGCCGCCGCGACGUGUACCGCCGCAUCGAGACCGCCCUCGACUCGUGA